GGCAAAGGCUCUUCUUUCUUCCGUGGCUCGGGCAGCCGUGGGCAGAGCCAACCCGGAGGAGAAUGGCGUCCCGGUCAGCGUCCGCCGCUCGUUCCCACGACCCGGCCACCUACUUCCGAAGGACCAGACCGUUUGUAGUGUUGCUGAUCGUGGGCUGGAUGCUGUACUACGGCUGUGCUGUCUUGGCACCUUCAAGAAUCCCCUAUGAUAGUCUGGGUCCAUUAGGAAGAUUGACACGAUAUCUGCAGGAGAACCACAAAACUCUUUUCAAUGUAGGAUAUGCGGUGGCUUGGUUACUUCAUAUCGGUGAAGCGUUUUUGAGUAUCUGGUUAUGCAAUAAGAAAGGCAUCACGGACAGCAAGACGCAGCUUCGGUGGUUCAUUCAAACGUUGGUGUGUGGCAUCUGUUCAUUUUAUUUUCUGCUGGUUUACAAGCCACCCAAGAAAACCCAAUGAAGAAUUGGAACUGGAAAAGGAAACAGAAACGGGAUGAUAUUGCCCUUAACACGGAUCUCUCCGUAUUUUGGCAUUUGACUGAAAAAAGCCACCCUUUGGUUUUGGGGCACCCUGGUGAUAAACUUGUAAGUUGAUAAAGCAGAAAUCACAUUUUAAAUCGGGCCACUGUCUGAAUUUGGUGGUCUAAAAGGCAGAAAAACUUUGGGGCAUUGGGUUGGAUGUGGCAGGUUUUAUUUUCAAGGGCAUAAGAGGAAGAAAGCAACAUAAAUGCUCUAACUACAGGUAGUCGUCGACUUACAACCACAAAUGUGGUGCCAUGUCCCCAGCGGAUCCUGGUCAGAGGAGGAGGAGGAGGAGUUUGAACCAGGACCGUCCGACAGGGAUGGCACGUCUCCCUGGGAAUGUUUGGAGAGGCCAGGGGGCUGAGGACGAUGCUGUCCCAGGCCCCUGAGGCAUUGGGGGAGGUUGUUAACCAGACGGGGAGCUGCCUGCCCUUAGAGACAGACAGUGGUGCUGAUAGGCAGCAGAUCCCCUUUGAUAAGGAACAGCUGCCUCCCCCAUUUGAUCCAAGGGCACGAAGAAUAGAGCAGAGGCAAGCCCAAAGGAGGUCUGCGAGGCUGCUUAGAAGAAGGUCACCCCGCCCCUCCUCAUAAGGACCUGCCUCAGCUAUCUUCUCAGGAAAGCAUGACUCUCAAAUGGUACUUUUACUGAGAGAAGCAGUUGCAGAGAAAUAAGUCAGGCAGAGUCUGCAGAUUCCCAUGCAAAGUGUUAAGCUAAUUUCCCUUGUUCAACUCUCACCCGGGGCCCCAUGUCUACCAGAUCCUGCAAAGGUGUUCUGAGAACUUUGAGGCAGGAUGGUGAUAACAAGUCAUCCUCGGGGUGUCGCAGCCUUGGGUAACGGGCUGGAAUCGGCUGGGAGGGAAUCCAUCCUGAUGGCCCAGUUCCCUUCUCUAAUUCCCAUGCGGUUACAGCAAAAGCGAAAGCAUUCAAAGCAAUCGGCCCCAAGAAGCAUGCCCCCUCCCCUUCAGGAUGUCAGCUUUGCAGCAAAAACCUGACAUAACACGUGUCGGUUGACUUAAGCCAGAAGCUGGGGGAAUUUGUCUUUCUCAGGAACAAUUGUUUUGGUUUACGCUCCCCGGGCUUUGGAAAAACUCAGCCUUGACUGGUGUUUCUGCCUGUGCCUUUGCCUUGUGGACUUGCCUUGUCCUGUGGACCUUAACUCUGGAC